UCGACGAAGUUCACAACAGUCGCCGCUGGUGGCGCUCAACUGGUUCCUGCUGAUUACUAUGUAGAAUCAGGUGCAAUCUGUCAUUGUUGGUACUUCGCUUUUCAAGUCGCGAUGGAAGACUCAGACUCCUCAGAUGGAUCGACGGACGACAUGCCGUUGCCUUUACACCUGAGUGAUGAAUCUGAUGCUUCGUCGAUAAGCCACGAUGAAUCACUAUUUCUGAGUGAAAGUUCUGAAUCAGAUGGUUCUUCGAAAAGCGACGAGUUAAAUUUACACCUGAGCGAUGAUCCCGAAGACUGUGAAACGCGUGAAGUAGAUGACCAGUGCAGAAAGAAGUAUGGCAUUACUGAGGCGGUUGUUUCUGUGAAGAGGGACCAUCAACUGGACAAAAUGGCUGCAAGUAUCAACGAUUCCAAUAGGAACGAUGCUACCUACAGGGCUCGAAGACUAGCCAAGAUAAUAUCAAGUGUUGACGAAGAGAAUGAUACUGAAUCAAUACUUCUUGAACCCGACAAAGUUAUCCCCUUCGUUAAAGAAAAUUGGAGUGGCGUCUCCAGAAGGAAUGCUUUCAACCAGAUUUGCUCGUAUUUACAGAAGUCUGACCUCAGCUAUUCCAAAGUACUGAAAUGUUUACCAGUGUACCGGUCAGAAAGACGGAAGGUGGACAUCUUCCGCAGUACCUCGAAAGAUUCUGGACGUGAGGCAAAUGUGCGAAAGAAACUGUCCGACGCAUCAGCAGCUGCAUCUGUUUCAGCAGCAGAAAAUCUUGAAACUUUGGAAAAGAAUCUGAAGUUUGCUGUGGAAAAACAAUCCUUCUGGAUCAAAGAGACUGCAGGGGCGUGGGCUGCAGCUACCAAGGCUCUUUUUGUGAUCAUCGCUGCUGAAAACACUCCGAAGCAUGCAGUAGCCCUGCGGUGUGUUGACGUUCAAGAAAUGAGGAAGGAAAACGCUGGAUUCACAAUUGAAACGGAAAACCUAAAGUUUUCUUUCAAGAAGGCAACAGGGACUCUCUUAUCAAGGUAC